GUUUCUAUUAGUCAGAAUUACGGUGUUUGGUCUUGAAAAUACCAGAAUGGAGGAAGUUAUUGAGAACGUAAAGGCGUGCCUUCGUUCCUCAAAAGGAGGAACUCCAGAAUCAAGAAUAGAAGAAGAUUACAGGGAGUUAAUCGCAGAACCGAUUCCAUUUAAAAAGUUUAAUUUCCCAAACCUUCGCGAAUUUAUGGAGGCUAUUCCUGGGGUAAGAAGGACCCUCAGAAAUAAUGAAUAUUUCUAUCAAGUCAACUCCACAGAAAAAACCUCCCACAUCUCAAAAAUGGUGCGAGAACAGAAACCGUCAAAAAAACCAAAGAGGAAGGGAGUUACAAAUAACAACAUGAACCGAUUCGCUGAGAAAACUCCUGAGGAUGAGCUUCGAGCUCUCGCUGCCGACCUGAAGUUAACACUUCCCAAAUACAAAACGGUGCCAGCAAGAAAUGGUACCAUUUACGCUCAAGUCAUGGUAGGCCGCGAGAAAUAUAGUAGCUACCCCAAUGGGGCUAAAAAUCAGAAGGCAGCACAGUUGAUCGCGGUAAAAAUUGCAUUAGAUGAUCUGAAAGAAAAAAACAGCUCAAUUAUGCUGCCUGUUACUAAGGACGAAAAGUUGCUGGAAGAACGGAUGCUGAAGAUUCUCGACUCGCAUCCAUACGGAAUUUUCUCCUCGCAGUUCACGAUCUAUUAUCAACAGGAGUUUAAGGAGUCACUUCCAGGAAACUGGAUGCAGAUUGUAAACGGGUGCUCGGAAAUUAUCGUUGAAACAGGUGUUAAUAAUACCAGCAUUUUGAUGACGCGGCCGAAGACACCUGAAGUUCCCGAAGUUUUCCAAUGGCCCGACGACCCUUACGUGAUAAUGCACGUAUCAGAAGUGUUGAGUACGACCGAAAUUUGGUGUAAACUCGUCGGCAACGAUCAUAGUGAGAAACGGGAUAAACUACAGGAAAAAAUGAAAAAAUUCUAUACUAUAAACUCUCUGUCAACGAAAGCAAAGACGAUAGUUCCAGGUGUCUGUUACACAAUUUGCCUAGGAGAUAAGUGGGUCAGAGUCAAAUGCACAGAAUAUGAGCCAAGCACGCAGAAGGCCACAAUAUUUUUCAUCGACAAUGGCAAGAGUAACACUUGCCAUGCUAAACUGCUCCAUAUAUUGGAUAAACAGUUUUACGUUCUUCCAGCUCAGGCUAUGAGGCUUUCUUUGUACGAUUUAGAAGAUUUUGAAGACUACAAAGAAGCUCUAGUAGUUGCACAGGCUUAUCUUCUGGAUCAACAUCUCUGCGUAAACCUUCAGAGUUGUAAUUCCGAGAAUGGAUGUAAAUCCGUUAUUUUCUAUGACAGUCAGGGUCCAGAUCUUGUAAAUCUGAAUAAGGCUAUGUCUAUAGAAAUCAUAAAAUCAUGUAUGAUUGAUCCCCAGCUCAAACCGGAACGUCGCAUAACUGAAGUUAUUGUAACUCAUAUCAGCCAAAAUGGAGAAGUUUAUGUUCGACUUAAGAACGAUGACUUGAAGUAUUUAGAAAACCGUAUAAGCUUGCUGGCCGAGAAGACACUGAACCAAAAUUUGAGCAAAUUCAUUGCAAAGUACGUGGAGUGUAUGCAGUUAUAUUUGAUUAAAUCCCCUGAAGAUGGAAAAUGGUACCGAGUGGGUAUAAUUAAUCUUAACAAAAGAACUACAGAAGUCGACGUAUGUCUACUUGAUUCAGGGAAAAAUAUGACGAUUGAUGUAGAAGAAUUGGUAGAUUUGGAAGAGGUUUCGCCAUUUUUGGCUUAUUUCCCUGCCCAAGCCAUAAAAAUUGAAUUGCACAAUGUACCUUACUCAACUUUCGAUCAACAAAUGGUCGCGCGAUUAAAAGAAAUUGCACCUGAGCAUCAGAAUUUUCUUGUAAGGGUAGUUCGAAGGCCGUUCAACGGAUCGAUACCGAUUGUAGAAAUGUAUAAAAGGAAGCAGCCCUCAAAUGAGAUAGUUAGUAUUAAUAAUACUUUGCUGUUUGACGCCGAAUUGCGUGCAAACGACAACAACAAUAACGGAGAGAUCAAGAAACUCACCAAGCAAUACAAGCGAAAUUAACAGACUGGCGUUUCCAAAAGUUGGAGAAAACUGCGGAGCUUGAAUCUGGCAAAGAUACGGGCAAGAUUUGUUAUUUAACUAGUAUUAGUGUAAAUAAUUUAAAAAAAGACUUCUAAUUUUAUCAACGACCAAAAUAUUUCUAUAUUAAUAUAUUAUUUCUAUAUUAGUAUUCAUACUAUAAAAGCAUUUUAAGUUUAAGGAAAAAAGUAGUCUUAAAAUACUUAUUUUGGUAAGCGAGCUCAUAGACUCACGAAUGAACCAAAAUAGAACUAAAUAGUAUUAUAACACGCGAUAAAUGUGAAAUAGUUUUUCAAAAACUUAAAAGUAUUAUAGAGAGAAACAGUGCCUAAAAUAUUGUCCAGACUGACAUUAAAAGGACUAUUAAAUUAUAAAAGGAUAUUAAUAUGUUUACGCUAAAAAUAUGUUUAUCAUUAGAUGUUAUGAUACUUAUACUUAAAAGUUCAAAAAGGCACUAGAAUACUAGAUUCUAAAGUCUUAAAAAAAUAUGUGAAAAUUGCAUUAACUUGCAACGCAACUGCCAAUAAAUGUAUUGAGUUUAAUUAU